UGCUGAACAAACACUUCACUCGUCUGAAGAACACACACUGAACAACAUUCACUCACAGACAGAGGACAUGAGGAUGAAGCUUCCAAACCCAGGUCUGGACGAGCGGAUCCCGUCUCACGCUGAGCUGGAGAGGAUUGAGAAAGAGGAUGCUGGAGAGAGACCUCAAUGGGACAAUAAAACUCAAUACAUGCUGACCUGUGUGGGCUUCUGUGUGGGUCUGGGGAACGUCUGGAGAUUCCCGUACCUGUGUCAGAGUCACGGAGGAGGAGCUUUUAUGAUUCCGUUCCUGAUUCUUCUGGUGCUGGAGGGAAUUCCUCUUCUUCAUCUGGAGUUUGCCAUCGGUCAGAGACUCAGGAAGGGCAGCGUUGGAGUCUGGACCGCUAUUAACCCUUAUUUAGCCGGAGUGGGUAUCUCGUCUAUGUUGGUGUCGUUUCUGGUGGGGAUGUACUAUAACACUAUCAUGGCCUGGGUCAUGUGGUACUUCUUUAAUUCUCUUCAGGAUCCGCUGCCGUGGAGUCAGUGUCCUGUCAAUGCCAACAGAACCGGUCUGGAGUCAGAAUGUUCCAGCAGCUCAGCGGUGGAUUAUUUCUGGUACAGACAGACUCUGAACAGCUCGGCGUCCAUCGAGGACUCGGGUGGUCUGCAGUGGUGGCUGGUGUUGUGUUUGCUGUGUGCUUGGACCGUGCUGUACGUCUGCUGUAUCAGAGGCAUCGAGACGACAGGAAAGGCCGUGUACAUCACUUCCACAUUACCGUACGCCGUCCUCACCAUCUUCCUGAUCAGAGCGUUGACUCUUAAAGGAUCUCAGGACGGAAUCAUCUUCCUCUUCACUCCAGAUGUGAAUGAGUUAAUGAAUCCGUCUACGUGGCUGGACGCUGGAGCUCAGGUGUUGUUCUCGUUCUCUCUGGCGUUUGGUGGUCUCAUCUCAUUCUCCAGUUAUAACCCUGUUCAUAACAACUGUGAGCAGGACGCUGUUACCAUCUCUGUGAUCAACGGCCUGACGUCUGUGUACUCCGCCACUGUCAUUUACUCCAUCAUCGGCUUCAGAGCCACAGAGAAAUAUGACGACUGUUUGAAGAGGAACAUGUUGACGUUAAUGAAUGCAUUUGAUCUUCCGGAGGGAAACCUCACAGACGGUAACUAUGGUAACGUCCUCCAUCAUCUCAAUAUGACAUCAUCAGAAGUGAUCGCUGGACUGAAGCUGCAGACCUGUGACCUGCAGACUCUUCUCAGCGAGGGUGUGGAGGGCACGGGUUUGGCUUUCAUCGUCUUCACGGAGGCCAUCACCAAGAUGCCGGUGUCUCCUCUGUGGUCUCUUCUCUUCUUCAUCAUGCUCUUCUGUCUGGGACUCUCCACCAUGUUCGGUAACAUGGAAGGUGUGGUGGUGCCGCUUCAGGACCUCAAUGUUCUUCCUAAGACGUGGCCUAGAGAGAUCUUCACAGGUACACACAUGAUCACGAGUGUGAUGUCUCAUGAAUGUUUUCUGAGCUCUCUCGUGUGGUGUGUUUCAGGUCUGACGUGUCUGGUGUCUUUCCUCGUGGCUCUUAUAUUUGUUCAGUCGUCUGGAAACUACUGGUUGACUCUGUUUGAUGGAUUCGCCGGCUCUAUUCCUCUGCUGGUCAUCGCUCUCUGUGAGAUCAUCGCUGUGGUUUACAUCUAUGGCAUUGACAGGUUCAACGGAGACAUAGAGUUCAUGGUGGGACACAAACCCAAUCUAUUCUGGCAGAUGUGCUGGAGAUUUGUCAGUCCUCUCAUCAUUCUGAUCAUUCUCAUCUUUUACUUCAUGACUACAGUCAACAGACAGCUGACGUAUGCGGUCUGGGAUCCUCACUGGAUGAAUUUUCCAUCCCUUAAAAGGUUGACAUACCCUGACUGGAUCAAUGGCAUCAUCUUCAUACUGGCCGGUGUUCCCGGUCUGCUCAUCCCUGGAGUGGCCGUCUUUAAAUAUCUGUGGAACUGCUUCCGCUCGAGAGAACAUGAACUCAAAGCACAGAUGACCGCCAGCACUUCUGAGAGACUUCAGAUGAGUGUUAAAACAUCUCAAUGAUUGACUCAAUGUUUCUGACACCGUGACCUGUGGAUCUGAGGCUUUACUUUCAAACCAACCGAUGGAAAAUCUGAAUGAUGUCAGACAUUGUGCUCUUUUGACGUCUCUUAGGUCUUCCUUUAUGUAUAUGUAGAAGUAGGAAGAGAAUAUGUUGGAUUCCUGUGAUCUGUGGGAUAAUGGACAUUCAGAUGAUCAUGCAAUAUCUCUUCUACUAUACAUGUGUUUGCACAAAGCUACGCAUAAAUCAAUUCAUUUUGUUUAUUUAAAUUUAUUACAUGAGCGGUUCGAUUGAAGAAUGUCACUAUUGACCAAUCACAAUACAGAUGCUCUUGUCUUUAUUAAACAUGUUAUGGCUCUUAUCUUUCAUUAAUAAAUGAUGAUCAGAUUGUG